UAGACGAGCUGCAGACGGCGGAGGGAGAGGAACCGAGGUACCGAGGUCUACCCGCGGUGCUACUGCUUUCUAAAGCCUUAUUUAACAGCGAACCACACUCAGACGGUUACUAAGAGAUAGAUAGUGCGCAAAUUUGGGCUUUCUCCUAAUUCUCUCCUCAGCCGUGUGUUUAAGCUUGCCCUGCGCAGGCAGACGGAAAUACAGUGAAAAUGCCACCCAUCGAAAAUGACACCGGGAAGAAUGAACUCAAGUCUCGGAUACAGAACCUCAUUGACUCCAAUCAAGUAAUGGUUUUCAGUAAAAGCUACUGUCCGUAUUGUGUCAAGGUGAAAGACUUGUUCAAGGAGCUGAAUGUCGAGUGUAAUGUGGUGGAGUUGGAUCUCAUAGAGGAUGGAACCAACUACCAGGAGAUGCUGCUUGAGAUGACUGGACAGAAAAGUGUCCCCAAUGUCUUCAUCAAUAAGACACACAUAGGCGGCUGUGACAAAACACUGCAGGCUCAUAAAGACGGCAGCCUGCAGCAGCUACUGAGUGGAGACAACGAAACUUAUGACUAUGACCUGAUCGUUAUCGGAGGAGGAUCUGGGGGCCUGGCCUGCUCAAAGGAAGCUGCUUUAUUGGGGAAGAAGGUCAUGGUACUGGACUAUGUUGUGCCCACACCAAAGGGAACCAGCUGGGGUCUCGGUGGGACUUGUGUAAAUGUGGGCUGCAUUCCCAAGAAGCUGAUGCACCAGACGGCCAUGCUGGGCACCUCCUUGCAGGACGCACGCAAGUAUGGCUGGGAGUUUGAUGAGACAGGUGAGGGCUCAGAGCAGCGACCCCGGAGGUCACGAAGGGGGGACAUCACAUCGGUUUGCCGUGUGAAACACAACUGGGACACGAUGAAGACGGCGGUGAACAACUACAUUGGCUCUCUGAACUGGGGCUACAGGGUAGCACUAAGAGACAAGAAUGUCAACUAUGUCAAUGCCUAUGCAGAGUUCCUUGAACCACACAAAAUCAAGGCAACAAACAAACGAGGGAAGGAGACAUUUUACACAGCGGCUAAGUUUGUCUUGGCUACGGGUGAGAGGCCCCGCUACCUGGGCAUCCCUGGAGACAAGGAGUACUGUAUUACCAGUGACGACCUCUUCUCAUUGUCAUACUGCCCGGGAAAGACCCUGGUGAUCGGGGCGUCUUAUGUGGCUCUGGAGUGUGGUGGUUUCCUGGCCGGUCUGGGUCUUGAUGUCACUGUCAUGGUCCGGUCCAUCCUGCUGAGAGGCUUCGACCAGGACAUGGCCAACCGUGCCGGAGAGCACAUGGAGGAGCACGGUGUCAAGUUCCUCCGCAAAUAUGUUCCCACAAAGAUAGAGGAGCUCGAAGCAGGCACUCCUGGCAGGCUGAAGGUGACAGCUAAGUCCACAGAAACCGAUGAGAUCAUCGAGGGAGAGUACAACACUGUUUUGAUAGCAGUGGGCAGAGAUGCAUGCACAGACAAGAUUGGCCUGGACAAGACGGAGGUCAAAGUCAACCCCAAGAAUGGAAAAAUUCCAGUGAACGACGAAGAGCAGACCAAUGUGCCUCAUAUCUAUGCCAUUGGUGACAUUCUGGAAGGAAAGUGGGAGCUGACACCUGUUGCCAUCCAGGCUGGGAAGCUGCUGGCACGACGCCUCUACGGGGGCUCAACACUCAAGUGUGACUACGUGAACGUUCCCACCACUGUCUUCACCCCACUGGAGUACGGCUCCUGUGGUCUGUCAGAGGAGAGAGCCAUUGAGCUCUAUGGGCAGGACAACCUGGAGGUGUUCCACAGUCUUUUCUGGCCUCUGGAGUUUACUGUGCCUGGCAGAGACAACAACAGAUGCUACGGAAAGCUCAUCUGCAAUAAAUUGGACAAUGAUCGAGUCAUCGGUUUCCACUAUCUAGGCCCAAAUGCUGGAGAGGUGACGCAGGGCUACGGUGCAGCCAUGAAAUGUGGUGCCACCAAAGAGCAGCUGGACGGCACUAUCGGCAUCCACCCAACCUGUGCUGAGGUCUUCACCACUCUGGAUGUGACAAAGAGCUCCGGCGGAGACAUCACUGCAGCCGGCUGCUGAGGUUAAACCCUGCUUGUUUAGCAGGCUGCUCUCACAUUAGACUCUACCAACUCCUCUCAUCUCAGUUGAACCUUUAAGCUCAGCCUCACCUCCAGCUGCUCACUUUACAGAGCAGCUGUUUCUCAGGACAAACCUAACACCGUGGCCAGUGUCUGAAUGAGAGAAAACACUCAUUUGGUCUGGCUGGGAGCUUCGAGGUGACUGAAAGAAGCCAGAACUGAGGUUGAAUCCCUAGCUCUGGCUGAGGUAGUUUGACAUGAGAGCAGCCUGCUGAACAGCGGGGUUACUCUGCUGAUAUUUUUCCUGGGUUCCAUCAGUGUGUCCUUCUCAGAGGAGUACCAACACACACAUUACUGCUGAGUAUAUAUGUGCGUUUGGGCUAAUUGUGACAUUCUCGCUCGUAACCUCAAAUACGAAGGUGGGCGAGGAUCGAUGUACCUCUGCAGCAGCACCUGAUUGAGGCCCAAACCCUUCGUCCAACCCCAAUACUUAUACAGACUGAAAUUGACUUUUGUAAAAAAGGAUUCAAAUUGUCACACAAAUAGGGUUUGAAUGGAUGCACGGCUCUGAACUCCAGCUUUUUAUGGAAACGUAUUAUUUAAUCUGGUUUGUGUGUGUGUAGAUUAAAUAUUGUCACAUUUCUUCAGUUGAGCCUUCAUCAUUCCAAACGUAUUCCUCUUUAGGAUGAAAUUGAGGUGCAUGUAGCUGUCAAUAUUUGUCUUUGCUAUGUAGAGGCACCAGGGUUUUUCUGCCUUAAAGUGAACUCCAUUUAUCUCUUCCAAAGUAUUUAUCUAAACAAGUCUGCAGAGAGAUCAAGGGCCGGCAAAUCAACACCUUUCAAACCUCCAUGUGCUGCAUCAAAACACUUAAAAUAUCAAAUUGAAUGGAAAAUGCAACCUGAAUUGUACUGAAUUUUGUUUUAAACUAAAAAGAAAAUUUCACAAGUUUGUGCUAAAUUAAUUUAAAGCCUGUUUGUUGCAUCUUGCUGUUUGCCUCUGCUUUAUAUGUAUGUAAAAUUUAUAUUCAAUGUUCUAGACGACAGUAUUCUAAUUGCUGUCGGUGAGAGACUGGUCAUCAGUAUAAAUGAUUUGUUUGUUGGUGUCAAAGCACUGUAGACUACUUCUCUAUCAAGAUUUAAUAAAGAAUACAUUUAACUUCA